AUGGCGUCGCCGCCCUACGCCUCGUCGCCGCUGGCCAUGUCGCCGCCCAACCCGUCUCCCGCGCAGCUCCCCAACAAGAAGCGGUCCUCGACUCUCGACGUCAACGCUCCGCCGGUUAAGCGCCGCAAGCCUUCCAACCUCUCGCAGUCGGGCCCCGUGCACCCCCUUCGCCAAACGUCCUUUCCCCCCGAGGGCGGCCGCUCCCCCUACGCGCGCUCCCCGUCAGUCGAUGCCACGUCCAUUGUUAGCGGCAGUGCGGCCAGCGGCGUCACUGCAAGCGGCGCGCCCAAGAAGAAGCGCGGACGCAAAGCCAAGAACCCGCGCCCCGGCGACGAGUCGGCCGAGCAGACGCCCAGCCUCGUCGGCGGCAAGGCGCCCACGACUGUUAGCGGCCAGGGCGGAGGCGACAAGGACGCCGGUGCCGACGACGACGACGAUGACGAGAACCAGGAGAUGGCCCUCGAGGAGGGCGUCGCGCGGACACAGGAGCAGAAGCAGGAGGAGAUUCGGCUGCGCGCCAUGCUCGUCGAGGCCUUUGACAGCGAGCAGUACAACCGGUACGAGCUGUGGCGGGCGGCCAAGCUAUCAGAUGCCGUCGUGAAGAGAGUGGUCAACGCGACGGUAUCACAGUCGGUACCGCAAAUGGUCAGCACAGCCGUCAAGGCCGUGGCCAAGCUGUUCGCCGGAGAAAUCAUCGAAUCGGCUCGCAACGUGCAGGGCGAGUGGAUCACGGCGGGCGAAAAGCAGAGCGACCUCCCGACGCCGCCCCCGUCGGCCAAGGACGCCGCCAGCGAGGAGGAGCCAGAUUUGAAGCGCGGCCCCUUGCGGCCCGAUCAUCUGCGAGAGGCGUGGAGGCGAUACAGGAGCGGAGGUGAGAGCCGUGGCGUGGGCAUGCAGCAGCUGUGGCACGCGCAACAAGGAGACGGUGUGGAGCGGUUCUCGACUCGAACCGGCAAGCGGCUCUUCAAAUGA